CAACAGUCGAACACGUUGAUGGAAUUAUAUACUCAAUGGGAAAAGAUACGUCAGAUAUAACCCGUGUUUGUCUGCCCUCUUGACAUUUCUUAGGCAUGAUUGCCGAGUAAGCUAUCUUUCUCUGUCCUGCUUGUCUGUCAUUGUCUGUCCGCCACAGUCCGCCAGUCUGUCAAAAGAUGUGAAUGCGGGACGACGGAUUAGGAUUUACAUAUUUCGGUUAACUGUAAUGGUAUCAGGGCCACGUAUCAUACGGCCGAUACGUAAGGAAGACUUCCGAGUCUGGUGUCGCGAGAGCAACGGCAUUUAAUAUUUUUUUUUUAAAUGCGACCAUGGCACUCCGUAAAGUGAAGGGAAACUUUGAGCGAAUGUUCGACAAGAAUCUGACGGAUCUGGUGCGCGGAAUCAGGAACAAUAAGGAGAAUGAGGCGAAGUACAUCGCGCAAUGUAUCGAGGAAAUCAAGCAGGAAUUACGGCAAGACAAUGUGGCAGUCAAAGCCAACGCCGUGGCCAAGUUGACAUAUCUUCAGAUGUUGGGAUAUGACAUCAGCUGGGCUGGCUUUAACAUAAUAGAAGUAAUGUCAUCGACAAAGUUCACUCACAAGCGAAUUGGCUAUCUCGCUGCCAGUCAGAGCUUUCAUGCGGAUACAGAGCUAUUGAUGUUAACAACGAAUAUGAUUCGUAAAGAUUUAAACAGCCAAAAUCAGUAUGAUGCUGGUUUGGCACUGAGCGGUUUGUCUUGCUUUAUAAGUCCAGAUUUAGCACGCGAUCUGGUUCAUGACAUAAUGACAUUGUUAACUUCUACAAAGCCAUAUUUGCGCAAGAAGGCCGUUUUGAUGAUGUAUAAAGUGUUCUUGAGAUUUCCCGAGGCUCUGAGGCCUGCUUUCCCUAGAUUGAAGGAGAAGCUUGAGGAUCCAGACAGUGGUGUCCAAAGUGCAGCAGUAAAUGUAGUUUGCGAAUUAGCCAGAAAAAACCCGAAGAAUUAUCUGAGUUUGGCGCCAGUUUUCUUUAAACUAAUGACAACUUCUACGAAUAAUUGGAUGCUUAUCAAAAUUAUUAAAUUGUUUGGAGCAUUGACACCACUAGAACCUAGGCUUGGCAGAAAGUUAAUAGAACCCCUUACCAAUUUGAUACACAGUACAUCCGCAAUGUCCUUACUGUACGAAUGUAUUAAUACGGUAAUUGCCGUAUUAAUUUCUAUAUCGUCUGGUAUGCCGAGUCACUCCGACUCGAUACAGUUGUGUGUUCAAAAAUUGAGAAUAUUAAUAGAAGACUCAGACCAAAACUUGAAGUAUCUGGGAUUAUUGGCGAUGUCGAAAAUCUUGAGGAAUCAUCCGAAGAGCGUGCAAUCUCACAAAGAUUUAAUUAUGCAAUGUCUUGACGAUAAAGACGAAACUAUAAGACUGCGUGCCUUGGAUUUGUUGUACGGAAUGGUUUCCAAGAAAAACCUAAUGGAAAUAGUUAAGAAAUUAAUGGUACACAUGGACAAAGCUGAAGGCACUAUGUAUCGCGAUGAAUUGCUCUCAAAGAUCAUUCAAAUUUGCUCACAGAACAAUUAUCACUUCAUUACCUAUUUUGAGUGGUACAUAUCUGUAUUGGUGGAACUUACACGAAUGGAAGGCACCAAACAUGGACCAUUAGUAGCAACUCAAUUACUUGAUGUAGCAAUUCGUGUACAGGCUAUCCGAAAAUAUGCGGUUCAACAAUGUGCCUUAUUGCUUGAGAAUUCUUAUCUUUUAACCGGCCAACCGAGGGCAACAAUGUCCGAGGUUUUAUAUGCAGCAGCAUGGAUUUGCGGAGAAUUCUCUAGCGAAUUGGAAGAUCCUUUGGCAACAUUGCAGUCUUUGUUGCGAUCGCAAGCUUCUAGUUUGCCAGGACACAUACAGGCUGUUUAUGUUCAUAAUAUAUUAAAACUAGCUGCAACAACAUUCGCCAAAGCAGAGAAAGAAGAAGAUACCGAAACCAUGGAAAAGAUUUACGAAUUGAAGGACAAAAUAGCAGCUUUUGUCUGUAGUGGCGAUCUGGAAGUUCAAGAAAGAUCGAGUUCCGCUUUAGUAUUACUUGAAUGUUUAAAAGAAAAUCCUGGUCUUGCGCAGGAAUUAAUAAAGACUUUCGAAGGUGAACUUAAUCCAGUUGCACCAAAGGCACAAAGAAAAGUUCCAAUACCUGAGAAUUUGGAUUUGGAUUCUUGGAUCAAUGAUCCACCUUCGGAGAGUUCGGAUUCAGAAGAUUUAGAUAUGAACGAUAUUUUUAUUAAAACGGAUAAAUCGACUAAUUCGUUUUCUAAACGAGAUUUAAGCGAACCGUCCCUGGAGGAACUCGAGAGGAGACGCGAGGCAAGAAAAUUAGAGCAAGAAAAUAAUCCUCAUUAUCUGAAAGGCUCAUUUAAGACUCCCACAUCAUAUCAUAAUUCAUCGAACGUGUACGAAGACUUUGAAAACAUUCCUGUUGCGGAAUUAGACAUCCCAAUUUCUUUAAAGAUUUCCAACUCGCAUAGAUGUCGCGAUGUAGAUAGCGGUCACAAAAGACAUAAAAAACACGAGAAGAAGAAAUCGAAGAAAAAUAAAAAUAAAAAAUCUGCGUCGGAGGAGGAUGACAAGGAGGAUGAUAGUUUACCACUGCAAGUAGUAAAUACUGGAAUUGGGGAACUACCUCCGGGUGCAGAAAUAAGUGACAGUGACGAGUACGAUUUAGUAGAUGCAAAUGAUCCACAUAGAGCUUUGAACAUCGAUUUGGAUAUGCCUUUACGGGAAGAUGAAAGAUUACCUGUCUUAGAACAUAGAGCGAUUGAAAAUAAAAUAACGAAGAAAGUUGAAGAAAAGGAGAAUAAAAAGGAAAAAGGACAUAGAAAGUCUAAAAGAAAAGUAAAGAAUGUCAUGGAAAACAAGGUAAAUAAUGAAACAGAAUCUAACUUCUGGUUGGAAACUAAUUCAUCCCCUGAGAAAGUGCAAUCUCCUCCUAUAGGAGAAUACAUCGAAGUAUCCAGUGAGCCACAAAAAGAUAGCAAACGCAAAAAGUCAAAGAGUCAAAAUAAACACAAGAAAUCUAACGAAGACGCGAAGCAUAGAAAAUCGAAGAAAUCGAAAAGUAAGAAGGAGAACAAGUCGUUGGAUUAUGAGGAAACAGCUGGGAUAUCCACCCCGUCAAAAGAAAUAUUACCAGAGUUAAAGAACGAUAUUAUAAAUUCCGAAUAUAAUGUAAUCACUGCACAACAAGACGAAAAUGAGGAAUUAGCAAAGAAUAAAGUAAUUUCUAUGAUGUACGGACUGAGACAAAUCCCUCAUGACUCAAAUAAAAUUAUCGUAUCGAUUUGCAUUACGAAUAUAAGUCAAUCGCUUGUAAAAGAAUUAAUCCUUGAUGUUCCAGACACAUCAUCACUCAAAUUAGUUAGGAAUCCUGGAGAUGAAUUUGGAAUAAAACUGCCGUUCCAACUGCCUCUGCAAUCUAGUAAAGAAACUGAGUUUACCGUUCUAGUCUCGGACGUGACGUUUGCUCAGAGACUAAGAGGUACACUGACAUACAUGUUCGAAAGUAAAGAAGGCACGCAACAAGAAAAGCUCGACUUCACCGUGCCCUUAUCGUGCAGCAAUUUUAUGGUCGGACAUCUCUCUCACAAGGACAUACUCACAGAACUUCUCAAAAGUGGUCAAUUAAUAUCUAAAAUUAGAAAAGAAGUGAUGCCGUCUCAAGACUUUGAAGCGGUUCUGAAUAUUAUCUGCCGCAAAUGCAAUCUUACACUUGUGGAACAAAUUAACGAUACUGCAUCUUUAUAUGGACAUUCUCUGAAAGGACAUCAUGUGUGCCUUUUGUUAAAAUAUAACAGAACGACGGAAAAUCUAGUGAUUGAAGGUAAAGGUGACAAUAACUCAUUACUGUCAGGAAUUGGAGAGGAGAUCUUAAGGAUUCUUGCAUAAUAUUGAUCGAGUAUCUAUAUUUUGCAAUUAUUAAUUUCUAUUAUGCAUCGCAGUUAUGUUGAACAUACACUGGGCAGAGGAACACUUUGAUUGUGUCCACCAUAUAUAAAGUAUAUACAUAUAAUUAUAGCGGCUAUAGCGUAUCUGCAAACUCAUUAAAUAUUUUCGGAAAGAAUCUUACCUAACUUCACAUAUAAUCUAGAUCAUAAAGUUUGUUAAAUAUUUAAGAGAUAUACAUAUAUAUAUACACAUACAGACACACGUACAUACACACACACGCGCACACAUACAUAUAUAUAUAUAUAUAUAUAUAUAUAUAUAUAUAUAUAUAUACAUACAUAUAUGCAUAAAUACAUAUACACACGCAUAUGUACAUUUCUAUAUAUGUGAGGUGAGGUUUCAUAAGGAAACUGUGAGAAGAUAAAAAGGGGAGAAUUUAUUGCUAAGAAUUGAAGACACUGGAAUAAAAGUAGAUUAAUGUUUCUAUAUAGGACUUAAGUCUGGCAUAGCAUUGACGUGUGCAAUAAAUACAGGAAUAUUUAAGGUAUCCUUUAAGAUAAUUAUCCACUUUCAACUACUUUGUUGAAUUACAUCAAUAUCUUCCAAAAAACUUCUGUAAAUUACUACAACUUUCUUAUCUUUACAAUGUUGCAUUUACUAUACAGCAUGUAAUAAUCGAAAUAACUUACAAAUAAGGAUUAACUGUUAAGAAGCAAUUCUUUGUACAGUACGGAAAUAAAUGUUAUAAUAGAAACGA